AUGUGCGUUAUACACACCACCCCGGUCCGACCGACUGUACCCCGACUCUCCCGGUCCUCUCCCUGGGUAUUCGCCGAAACACAUAUACACGGUAAUACACAGUGCCACAGUGUGGAGUUGUUACCAGUGGAGAAGGAACAAAAAUUAGUUUACAAGCGGCCGUGCCACACAUACGAUCGUACGUCGUGUACCACCAUCAACAACCACCGAUUCCGAUCAUCGGAUAGUUCAGCGUGUUGUCAAAAGCUGAAGAAAUUCGGAGCAAGUCACGAAAAACGAGUAGCGACAUUAUCAAUGGAGCAUAGAGGCGUGCCGCGCGGGCAGCAGGAGCAGCAGUAGCGUUCGGCUAUCGUCGGGGGCCUGAUCGUCGGGCCCUGUCUCUCGGGCCCGAUCUCGCGCGGGGGGACG